CCCACAGGCCGAUCCACGAUCCGCCAUCCGCGAUCGAUUGGUUCGGCUGGUGCGGCCCAGUCGUACUCGGUCGUUCAGAAGAUGGCGGCGGCGUCCCAUCCGCUGCGGGUGUUCAGGGCGCUUCUGAAGGAGCUGCGGAGCCAGGGCAGCGAUUACCGACAUUCCGCCGCCUACAGAUAUAUCACGGAGCAGUACCGGAGAAACCAGGUUACCAGUGAGAAGCUGUGCUGUACUCAGCAGGAACUGGUCCACCAGGCCUCCACCUACCUGUGCCUGCUGCACAGCAUCCGCCAGCACCUGGCGCUGCACCACAAGUACCAUGGCAAGGGGGAGCGCUCACCCCGGGACAUAGCACGGCAGGUCGGCUUCAAGUUGCCGCUGCAGCCUGGGGGCAAAGGGUGGGAGAAGUGAGGAGCCGAGAGAAGUUCUGCGUUCCCAGUCUCCAGAGUGCACUUUUCUCCGCAAGUGUCGCCGACUGCCAGAAUAGAUGGAUAACGUGGACACUUGAACUUUUCUAGACACAGCUUCUGAAUGAUUCACGAUGUAAAUAAAGUAUUUAAACCGCAUUUGUGACUGUGUCG